AUGUUCCUAUCCUGGAAUAUCGAUACCAUUGUCUACGGAGCGAUCAAGUAUAGGGUUGAGCUCUUGAGCCUUUUGAUAUUAAAGAAAGAGUUAGCACUUAGUUUCUGUAUUAUUGUGUUGGUUCUUAACUUUUUGUAUUAUGUGAACAAGAAGUCGAAACUUCCAGAUACAAAUAAGUGGACCCCUAUCAACGAAAAAGACGUGGCUCUAGUAACUGGGGGCUCUCGAGGGUUGGGGAAAGAUAUUGUUAAUACAUUAAUAGAAAUGAAUAUAGGUAAAGUAAUAAUUAUUGAUUUGAUAGACCCAGAAACUCGGGGAGACAAAAUUGAAUACUACAACUGUGAUGUUGGUGAUUACAAAGACUUGAACUCCAAGCUUGACCAUAUUAUUCAGCGUGAAAGAAUAAGCAUAUUAGUGAAUAAUGCUGCACAGAGGCAUUCUGAAUCGCUUUUGCAUUUGCUGGACGACAAAGUAAAAGACCUAUUUAACGUGAAUACUUUUGCACAAAUCUGGAUCUUGAGAAAAAUACUAAAAAAUCAUAUCUACAAUGUAUUACAAGAUGUGCCAAAUGCAAAACUCAGUGUUGUUUCGGUAUCCUCUAUACUUGGGAUAUUGGCUCCCAAAAAUUUAUCUAUUUAUUCAGCUUCGAAAGCUGCUCUAAUUCAAAUACAUGAAGCAUUAGUAGAAGAAAUGAAAGAGUUUUCUACAGUACGUUUCCUUUCAGUGGUCACAGGACAAUUGAAUACGGAAAUGUUUCAAGACGUUGACCCAUCGAGAAAGUUUUUUGCUCCAAUACUUGAUUCCUCUGAUUUGGCGAAAAUGAUAUGCGAUAAAGUUAGCAGUGGUGAGAUUGGGACUCUUAGUGCGCCGUUAUAUGCUAAGUUUUUGCCAGUUAUAAAAGUAUUCCCCUUUUUGCUACAGUCGUUGUGCAGAAGAUUUUCGAAGAUGGAUGAAAAGAUCAUUGAUCGUACAAAUAGCUUUGAAGCGCUGACAGAAUAUGAGAUUGUUUAUUAA